AUGAUACAAAAUACACCAAGUAUUGCUGAAGAAGAUGAAAUUACUGACAUCGAUCAAUCAAACUGUGAUCAAUUACAUUUGAAAAAUAAAUAUUAUGGUGAAUAUAUUCACAUACGUGGUGAUAAUUUUAUUUGGACAAUUCGAAGUAUAUAUUCACCUGAAGAUGCCAUUCCAGUUGUACUGAUACAUGAUUUUGGUUGUGCUAGUGGCAUAUGGAUAGAAAAUAUCGAUUUUUUAAGUGCACGUCAUCCACUUUAUAUGUUUGAUAUACUUGGUUUUGGUCGUUCAUCACGACCAAUAUUUGAUCAAACAAAUUCUAUUAAUGCUGAAACAAAAUUUAUUGAAUCAAUUGAAGAUUGGCGUAUAUCUGUUGGUUUAGAAGAAAAAUUCUUUUUAAUUGGACAUGGUUUUGGAGCAUAUUUAGCUACGUUAUAUACAAUUAGAUAUGGAUCAUUUAUUAAAAAAUUAAUUCUUCUUGAUCCUUGGGGUUUUAAUCCAAAACCAGAUGAAUGUCAAUUACAUUUAUCAAAACCAUUUUGGAUUAAAUUUCUUGCAUAUAUUACAGAAACAUGGACAUCAUUUUCAGCAUUUCGAUAUCUUGGACCAUUAGGACUACCUUUGUUAAAAUUUUUUGCGCCUCGUUGGAAACGUCUAACACCAGUUGAUAAUUCAGAUAAAAAAUCAGAUGUUCUCUAUGAAUAUUUAUAUCAUGUUAAUGUACAACCACCUAGUGGUGAUGUUGGUUUUCAAGCAUUAGCAUCAUGGUAUGGUUGGGCUAAAGAACCAAUUGUUCAAGUGAAUCAUUCUCGUAUAGAAAAUAUUUCGGAUGAAAUUUCAAUAGUAUUUAUUUAUGGAUCACGUACACAUAUUGAUAAUACGGCUGCACAAGAAAUACUUCAUCAACGUGGCUCGAAUAAUACAUGUAUCAAAAUUAUUCAUAAUGCAGCACAUUUCUUUUUUAUGGAAAAACCAAUACAAUUUCAUGAAGUUAUGAUUGAUAUAUUAAGUGAUGUAUCACAUGGUUUUCGUUCAUUAGCAUCUGAAGAUACUCGAAUAACAACUACAAUACUUCAAGAAUAA